GAACGGGUGACUGCCCGGGCUGUGGCGGAUGAGGCUCGGGAGAGGCUUGGGCCGAUCUGGGAGCAAGCAGGGGUGGGCGAGGAAGGAGUGUGGCGGAUUGAGGUGAAAGAAGAGGAGGGGAAAGAGAGUGGAGGGGCGGAGGGAGAGGAGGACAGCGAGGGGGAAGUGGGGGUUGAGAGAGGGAUGGUUAAGAGGGGGGUGGUUGUGAGGCUGGAGUACAACAGGGCUGGCAGGCCGCUGGCAGGGGCGGGGGCGGUGUGGGUGCAUGCAGGGGUGAACGGGUGGCAGAGCGGUGUCUCGGUUGUGGAAGAGCUGAAGUGUGACAAUAACGAGGAUGGAGGAGACUGGUGGGCUGUGGAAGUGAGUCUGCCCUCCGACGCAGUGGCGCUCAACUGGGUGUUUGCGGACGGGCCAGUGGGCAAAGCGGGGGUGUGGGACAACAACAACCGGCGGGACUUUGCCGGGCGGAUUGGCGGUGCGGAGAGAAUGGAGGCUCUGUUCGCUGGCAUGGAGGAGGAGUGCCUGAGAGGGCUGGAACGGGCGAGGGAGGAGAGGGAGGCGAAGGAGGCUGAGGAGGCAGCGCGGCGUGCAGAGGUCAAGGCAGCCAUGAAGGGGCGCACCAAGGCGGCGUUUCUGCAGUCCCAGGCGCACGUCUUCUUCACACAGCCGGCAGAGCCCAGGGCGGGCGAGGUCGUGCAGGUGUUCUACAACCCCAGCAGCACGGCCCUGCAGGGCCGGGAGCGCGUGUGGAUGCGCGGGUCGUUCAACCGCUGGACGCACCGCUCGGGGUGCUUCCUGCCCAUUGAAAUGGUGCCGGCUGACAAUGGCACUCAUCUUGUGGCUGAAAUACUGCUCCCCCACGACGCCUACAUCAUGGAUCUCGUCUUCAUGGACAGCAGCGACCCCUCCACCGCCACAUACGACAACAGGGGCGGGCUGGACUACCAUGUGCCUCUAGCGGGGGGCACUGUGCGGGAGCCGCCUCUCUACAUCGUGCACGUGGCGCUUGAGAUGGCGCCAGUUGCGAAGGUGGGCGGGUUAGGCGACGUGGUGACAUCGUUGUCGCGAGCCACGAGGGAGCUGGGCCACAAGGUGGAGGUGGUGCUGCCCAAGUACGACUGCCUCAAAUAUGACCAGGUGCAAGGGCUGGAGGCGAGGGGCGACUUCCAGUGGGGUGGCACGAAGUGGCUCGUGUGGCAUGGCCUGGUGGAGGGCAUUCCAGUGCACUUCCUGGAGCCCGAGAACGGGUUGUUCUGGGUGGGGUGCAUCUACGGCCGCAAGGACGAUUCUGCCCGAUUCAGCACCUUUUGCCACGCGGCUCUUGAGUUCCUGCUGCAGACAGGCCGCUCCCCGGACCUGCUUCACUGCCACGACUGGUCGUCAGCGCCGGUGGCGUGGCUGCAGCGCGAGCACUACAGCGGCUAUGGCGGGGGCAAUGCGCGCACAGUGUUCACCAUCCACAACCUUGAGUUCGGCCAGGACAUGAUCGGGCGGGCCAUGGCUGCCUGCGACAUGGCUACCACGGUGUCCCCCACGUACGCUGCGGAGAUCAGCGGGCAUGCAGCGGUGGCGGCACACAGGGCCAAGUUCCACGGCAUUCUGAACGGCAUCGACCCGGACAUAUGGGACCCCAUGGCGGAUGCGUUCAUUCCUCUCAAGUACUCCUCACACCAAGUCGUUCAGGGCAAGCAAGCAGCCAAGGCUGAGCUGCGCUCCCGCCUCAACCUGCGCUCCUUCAGCCCCUCGGAGGAGCGCCCGCUGGUGGGCAUCGUGACGCGCCUCACGGCGCAGAAGGGCAUCGCGCUCAUCAAGCACGCCAUCUGGCGCACGCUUGAGCGCGGCGGGCAGGUGGUGCUGCUGGGGUCGGCCCCGGACGGGCGGGUGCAGGGCGAGUUCGAGGGGCUGGCGAGGGAGCUCAGCCGCACGUAUGGCGACAUGGCGCGGCUCUGGCUGUCAUACGACGAGCCGCUAUCGCAUCUGAUCUAUGCUGCCAGCGACAUGAUCCUCGUCCCCUCCAUCUUCGAGCCGUGCGGUCUGACCCAGCUGGUGGCCAUGCGCUACGGCGCCAUCCCAGUAGUGCGCAAGACGGGUGGGCUGGCCGACACGGUGCUUGACGUGGACAGCGAGGCGGACAGGCAGAGGGCGGCUGCUAGGGGCAUGGAGCCCAACGGAUUCUCCUUCGAAGGCGCUGAUGCUGCUGGCGUCGACUAUGCUCUCAAUAGGGCAAUCUCGGGGUGGUACGACGGCAGGGAGUGGUGGCAGGGCCUGGCGAAGCAGGUCAUGGAGCAGGACUGGACGUGGAACCGCCCUGCUCUGGAUUACCUAGAGCUCUACUAUGGCGCUCGGAAAUAGGGAUUACCCAGUACCGUACCAUAACAGGGUGCUUUGAGGCGUCCUCAAAGAUGCAACCAUGCCAGCCACGCCUAGCCAAGCGGGUCAUGACACACCAAGCAGGACUGGACGUGGUGGAACCAACCGCCCUGCUUUAGUCUAGAACAAUUCAAGCCCUACUGGCGCUCUGCGGCUCCGAAUCGAACUGCCCAGUAUUGAUUUAUCCCUGUGGUGUGCUGGUGCCAUGAAUUAGGUAGUGGUAGGGUCAGUGUUGCUGUAACACAAUGCUUUGCUACUAGUAUGAGAGUGUAGUGUAGUCUUAGACUGUUUUGGGAUUUGCAGUGUAAGCAGCCAGCCUGGCUCGGAUUACCCUGAAAGAGCAGGUUAGGUUUGAUACCAAGAGAAUCAUUUG